GCCACAUAUAUGCUUUUCAUUACCUAACCUUAAAAAAAUAUCAUCAUGGAAAUUACGACACAAACAAACGUAAAGGCAUCUUCAAAAGAAAAAGUCAGAAAAAAAUUCCACGAUUGCCCCUACGAGCAUUGCUCAGCUUCUUUCACGAAGAACAGCAAGUUAGUUUACCACAUUCGGAGACAUACUGGAGAGCGACCUUUUGCUUGUGAUGCACCCGGUUGUAAUAAAACGUACCUCUACUCCUUUCAUCUACGUCGCCAUCAAGAAUCGCAUAGUGCAACACCUCGAGGCCAAAUAACAUGUCCCAUUCCUGGUUGCUACCUUCAAUUAUCCAAUCACAGCAAUUUGAAGAGGCACAUAAAACGCAAACAUAGCAGUAACGAUCAUUACCAGUUUCACUGCGACUAUUGUAAGCAAGGGUUUCAUAGGAAAAGGCAAUUACUGAAUCAUAUUCAUUUGCACACCGGCGUCGCAUCCUUUCAAUGUGUACUGUGUGACAAUCUGUUUCUUACCACGACAGAGUUAAACAGGCACAAGCGCCUGCAUCAAAAAUACUAUUGCAAAUGUGGUGAACAAUUUGAAAAAUGGAGUGUACUAGUCGCUCACAGGAAAACUUGCGAUAGUUCUAAGAAAGUGUGCCGUGUUUGUAACAUGUCAUUUGAGCACAGUGGUAACUUUAAGUCUCAUUUGGAAACACACUUCGCGAACGCCGCACAUAAAUUUAUAUGUGGUUAUGACGAUUGUAAUCGAUCGUAUAUGUAUAAGAAGAAUCUAACAUGCCACAUUCGGAGAUUCCAUCAGAAACAACAUCUAAUUAAGAAGUUGAAGUGCACAGCACCCGGAUGCCAGAUGACGUUUGGUAGAAAUCAAAUUCUCAAGAAUCACAUUCAGAAAUGCCAUAGCGGAAAAUCAAAACUAAGAAAGGAACGCAAGCCUCGCAGAGACAAGGGUGUAUCGAAGCAGAGUACAGCAGCAAUCUUAGCUGGCUUAGAACUUCCGAGAUCAGUACAUACGGAUAUUAUUAAAGGGGGCACAAUAGACUUUUCCAUGAUAGAAAAGUUACCUAAUCUCAUUAACCCUGUGUUAAAUAAAUGUUCUGGUAGUCCGAUUGAGAAAUCUGAUUCGGAACCAGAGCUUGUAAAAGAAGUGUGUUAAUAAAAUUUAUACUAAGAAUUU